UUUAUUCUUGAGAAGCUAAGAAGGAAGUGGAAGCUCAUGCUUCACCUAGAAAACUCACAAGUCUAGAAACGUUUGAUCAUUAUUGCGAUUUGGAUCAAUUAAUUAAAGGCAAAAAGUUCGAUCGAGAGACUCGUAAUAGCGAAUCCCGUACCAGGUUCUUUUUGUUUCGAUUUUCCUCUCUACAACUAUCCUGGCCCAAGGGAGAGUUGGAAGAGAAAGCUGAAGAAGAAGCUCAAAGGUGGUGCCGUAGCUGUAGUUAUAGCUCUGUGAUCACGGCACCGAACCAUCAGAUCAAUGGCUCUCGACGCCGAAGCUGUACCAGCGGCGGAGUUGGCGCUUGCUGAUACCGACAUCAACUGGAACAGGUUGGACAAGACAAAGUUUCAUAUAAUUGGAGCAAUUCUCUUUACUGCUCAGUCAGCCUUGUUACAUCCAACAGCGGUUGUAAAAACUAGAAUGCAAGUUGCUGGAUCUGGUCUGUCUCACAUGCGUGGACUGUCAGUUUUCUGGAAUAUAUUGAAGUCUGAUGGAAUCUCUGGCUUAUAUAGAGGUUUUGGUACUUCAGCGGUUGGUUCAUUACCUGGUAGGGUACUGGCUUUAACAUCACUGGAAGUAUCGAAAGACAUAAUGUUGAAAUAUACUGGAAGUCUGCAAAUGCCCGAAGCAACUCGUGUUGGUCUUGCUAAUGGAGUGGCAGGCAUGAUCUCAAAUUUGGUUUCAUGCAUAUACUUUGUGCCGUUGGACGUGACUUGUCAGAGGAUGAUGGUUCAAGGGCUACCUGGAACCACCUUCUGCAAUGGGCCACUUGAUGUUGUGAGAAAAGUGGUGAAAGCUGAAGGAUUUCGUGGUUUAUAUAGGGGUUUUGGAUUAACGGCUGUAUCUCAAUCCCCAGCAUCUGCUCUCUGGUGGGGUGUCUAUGGUGCUGCUCAGCAUAUCAUAUGGAGGAGCUUAGGAUAUCGAGAUAGCAUGGAGAAGAAACCUUCUCACAUGGAGAUGGUUACUGUUCAGGCUACAGCUGGAAUGGCGGCAGGUGCUUGUUCGUCUAUUAUUACAACUCCUCUAGACACAGUAAAGACACGACUUCAGGUCAUGGAUAACUAUGGAAUUGGAAGACCAUCUGUGCUCAAGACAUCAAGAGCACUCUUCAAGGAAGAUGGAUGGUUGGGGUUUUAUAGAGGCUUUGGACCUCGGUUUUUGAAUAUGUCACUUUAUGGAACCACGAUGAUAGUCACAUACGAACUGAUCAAGAGACUUUCCUUAAAGGAGAUCGUGACAUCUUGAAUGGGAGGGACUUGUGCGGGACGUUUAGAAGGAAUAGAAUAGUAAGCUAGAUGCUUCAUUUUUUUUCAUUCUUUUUUCCAUCUUUUUUGGAUGGUGGGGAAUGUAAGCAGCAGAUGAAACAUAGAAGCAACACAUUGACACAGGAUGGUACCAAACUAGCAACGGUACAAACGUAGAUCAUUCCAUUUUUCCUUUCUGUAUGCUGAAACACAGGUGUCCUUUUUACAAUUCUAAAGUCACCAAUAUGAAUUUCAUUUUGUUAGAACUGUAUUCAUGAACUAAUGGAAAGAUGAAUAAUAUUUCAUUGAUUUGUAGGAUUUCUUGCAUGCUUGAAUCAUUGAUUUUUUCCCCUCUUGGCGGUGUAGUAAGCAUCUUAAACUAGCAGUGGAUGAAUCAUAGCGAUAGAAUCAUCAUUGACACAGGACAGAUCUUAACUUGCAGUAGUUGAAACGUAGACCAUUCCAUUCUUGUAAUCAUGAACAAACGGAUAAAAUGAAUGAUGUUUCAUUGAUUUGUAAGACUGUCUGCAUUCUUGAAUCCCACCACCAAUGCAAAGUUGCAAUACCGUCGGAGCCUGCUGGCGGUGACUUCAGGUGAAGGGCCCAUGGUUUUGGAGUGAUCAGCCAGAGAAUUGGAAGAGUCUGUGUAACGGCCCAAAUCUACUGUUAACAAAUAUUGUCUGCUUUGACUCGUUAUAUAACAGCUUCAUGGUUAUAAAAUGCAUCUGCUAGGGAGAGGUUUUCACAUCUUUAUAAAGAAUGUUUCGCUCUCUUCUCCAACCAAUGUGGGAUCUCACAGUUCGAGAAUGUUAUCAUUGGAAACAACUGCAUUCCUACUUCUGUAUUCUCAUACGUCAAUCAAAUCAGCGAAGCAAGGUGAUUUCACUCCAGUUUGUACCACGGAGAUCUGGAUGAUGGCUGCUCAAACAGAGUUUGAUAGAGAGGGUGUGAAGCUCUUAGGAUUGUCUUGAGAUGAAGUUCGAUCUCAUUCCGAGUGGAUCAAGGAUAUCAAAGCCUAUAAUGUGAGUUUUUCGAUAUGCCGUGGUUCUUUUGGUAUUUGAAUAGUUAGGAAAAUACGGUAGCAGUA